AUGCGGUUCUGGUCCUUAUUCUUCCUAUCAUUCUAUUUGAUACUUGAAUUGUUAGUACCAAAAGCAUAUUGUCAAACUCGAAUGGUUCUAAUUUAUGGAUCAGUUACAAGUAGCGGGACAAGUACAAGUACAACGUUUAAAACUGUCGAAGACUGCAAGAACGGGUGUUUCGAAAAAGAGGAUUGUAUCAUGAUGUAUUUUAUGCUUGAAAAGUGUCGUUUCUAUAGUUAUGCAACUAACGGUCAGUCGUUUUCUAUACUAGCACAAUCGAAAAGCUACGUGGCAAUCAAGACUGAUGCCUCCAACAUCCCGAAUAACACGUGUCCGGAUACAUUUACUAACAUCAAGUUUUCCUACACCUCCCCAGCUACAGGUGACACCUACUCCUUCAAGAAAAACUCUACUGGCUUGAGCUACACGUCUUGUAAGACUGACUGGAAGCGGUUUGAGCGUGCCGAUGGGACAUUUGUGUGUAUGAAUAUUGUUUUGUCGAAUGGAACCACGUAUACCAAGGCUCAGGAGAGAUGUCAAGAGCUGGGAGGAACUGUGACAGGUGUGGCGUCGGUGGAAGAAUCCAAGUUUCUACAGACCAAGGUCCCUGGGCCUCAACCAAAAGGCUUCUGGAUUGGCGGAGGCAGAAACUGCCCAACUGUUCCGUGCUCCAGUUUUCGUUGGGUAGACGGUUACACUACAAGUUACGAUGCCCUGGUUCCCAGUAACGCCGCUUUGACGGUCUCUAAGAACACUGACGCCAACUCUGAGAACUAUCUAACCGUUUUUGCCUCAAAUGGCACUCCCCUUACAAUUAACGAUAUUAAUCAAGACUUCACGUCUCUUAUCGUUGGAUUUGUGUGUGGUUAUAAGAUUCUGUAA